CUCUCCUUCACACUGAUCUCUCGAACCUUCAAUCACCUACCUACCUUACCCUUCGACAAACCACCAGACAUCUUGCUAUUCACUUAGCAGGAUUCGGCUCUCUCUCUCUCUCUCUAUUCGUCGCGCCUUGUCUUACUUACUCCUCGACUUCGCUGUCCCUGGAGCUCACCUACCUACACAUCCACAUCCACAUCCAUCUACUUCCAGCCUCACCACUUUCUUUCUCUUUCAAACAUUUACAACAUUUACCGUCCAUCAUGGGUAUCCCACAAGACUUCCCAGCUUUCGCUGCACCUUCGAACGAGUCUACCUCUCCUCAGACCAAGCGCCGUCGCUUCGGUCCCCAGAGUCUCCCUCCCAUCAUUCCUGUCUCCGACAACACCUCCAUUGAAGACCACACCUUUGAUUCUCCGUUGAUGUUCCAACUGUGCGAACAAGCUCCCGAUCGCGCCGAAAUUGAAGCUCAGUUGCUUCAGGUGGGCAUGCGCGUGCGCAAAUCGGUUGCCGAAGGAUACAAGACCCAGGCGAAGAAAUUCACCCCCCGUCCAUUCUUCGACAUACACAGAUUGUCCCCAGAAACCCAGGCAGCACUGUCGAAUGGCAACGCCGCAAACGGCAACGAGUUGUCACCUUAUUCUGCCUCUGAGGUUCAACCCAUGAGCACCGCGACUUUCUGUGGGAUCAGCCUUUCCUUCUUGUCACAGUACGAAGAUCCAGCUGUCGCUCAACAACAACUCUGGUCAUACUCUACCAGCCACAAGCGAGGAUACGAAGCCGACUCGGACAGCGACGAGAGCCAGGACUGGCAGCCACAAACCCCGAGUCUGAUCGCAGAUUCUGGUAUGGGAAUGCCCAUUGAUUACCUCGCCAUUGACGUGGACAACAUGGGCGAAGUGAGCCCGAUGACCCAAAUCGGUGAUCAUAACAGAAACAAUGGUCGUCGGAUCGCCAUGCCCAAGUCUCGCAAUCGCCUGCCUCAGUCAAUAACGGAAGCAUCCACUUCUUCUACCUUCAACCCAUUUGCCAACUUCCAAGCACCACAGCCUGAACCUCAGAACACGGCUGGCUUCGGACACCACAAGAGGAUGAUGAGCUGUGGCAUGGAAGCCAUGGAUUUUGGAGAGGCACCAUUUUUGCAGCGCCGAGAGGACGUCGAGAUGGAUUGUUCUUGACUUUGUUAAAAAAGUUCACGGGCUUUUUUUUUCAUGAUUAAAACUGUAUUCAUGUCUUGCAUUGCAUUGUGUUUAUGAAUUUUAUUGUUAUCAUUAUUAAAUUGACGGCCAGGGGGUUUUCGAUGUCAGAGGCUGCCGUCCAGAAGGAAAGCCUCAGGUUUCAGCACAAGAGAGAGAAGUACCCGACCAGAGAUGCGGGUUGCGAAUUGUACAUUACUGUUAUUGGACAUCGGGACGGAAUUCGUCAUUGUACACGAGUGAGAGGAGAGUCUGAGAAGAGUCUAGGAAGACCUACAGACCUUUACAGGUCGCAAAGUCCCUUGAGACAAAGGGAUACUGUGAGAAUGCAGGAGUCGGCGCACACUGCAGAAGGCGGAAAAUUUUGCUUGCAAUAUGCAUCCAUCAUGCUAGAUUAUCAUCGUCGGUCGACGAGAUGUGCUAGACAAUAAAUCAAAGAUAUGC